UGCUGAACUUGGGACUGUGUGUGACCCUCUUAGGAGCUGCUCAAUUGUAGAAGACAAUGGUUUAAGUGCUGCUUUCACUAUGGCUCAUGAACUUGGGCAUGUAUUCAAUAUGCUUCAUGACAGUAACUACAAAUGUCAGAAUGACAUUGUUGCAGGUAAAUAUGCUGUAAUGGCUCCAACACUAAACUACGACUCUAGCCCAUGGAAAUGGUCCAAGUGCAGCAGAAACCAACUUACAGAAUUCUUAGAUCUUGGCUAUGGUGAAUGCUUAUUGGACAAACCAACAGGACCCCGCCCACUGCCUGUUAGAUUACCUGGAGAGGCGUUCAAUAUAACCCUGCAAUGUGAACUGGUCUUUGGCUCAGGAUCAACUCUGUGCACCUAUAUGAGAACAUGUAAGAGGCUGUGGUGUACUGGAUACUCAAGAGGUGUUCAGACUGGGUGCCGAACACAGCACAUGCCAUGGGCAGAUGGUACACCUUGUGGCAGCCAUCAUUGGUGCACCCAUGGUGAGUGUCGAGAGAGGGAUCAAUACACAGAGAUAGUGGAUGGCCAGUGGGGCAAGUGGGGCGAGUAUAGCGAGUGUUCCAGGACUUGUGAAGGCGGGGUCAAAGAGGCCAUGAGGAAUUGUGAUAACCCUGCCCCAGCUAAUGGAGGGAAAUACUGCAUUGGACGAAGGCUACGAUUCAGGUCUUGUAACACACAGGAUUGUCCAGAAGGUUCUCAAGAUUUCCGAGAGAAGCAAUGUUCAGAGUUCAAUGGUCGUAAUCCUCCUAUCAGUGGUGUUCCUCCCAAUGUCAGAUGGGUACCUAAAUAUGAAGGAGUUCAACUCCAUGACAGGUGUAAACUUUAUUGUCGAGUGAGCCAAUCCAGUGCAUACUAUGAACUAAAGAAAAAGGUUAUAGAUGGGACUAAAUGUGAUCCUGAUACAGAUGAUAUAUGUGUGCAAGGACAAUGUAGGCAAGCUGGAUGUGAUCAUAUACUGAGCUCCAACACCAAGCGAGAUGAAUGCGGAGUGUGUGGGGGAGAUAACUCAGCAUGUAGGAGGGAAAAAAGAACUUAUAAUCAUGUUAGACAUGGAUAUACAAAAAUAAUUACUAUACCAUCAGGAUCAACAAAAAUUGAAAUUAAACAGUAUUCUUUUAAUGGAAGAGCUGAGGAUGAUAAUUAUCUUGCUUUAUCUAAUGACCAGGAUGAGUUCAUUCUCAAUGGUAAAUUUAUUGUCAGCAUGUAUGCCAGAGAAAUCCAUAUAAACAAAACUGUACUGCAAUAUAGUGGUUCAAACAGCGCGGUAGAAACCAUCAUUAGCGACGAUAAACUACAGAGAGCCAUUAAUUUAUAUAUUUUAUCUGUUGGUGAUCUACAUCCACCGAACGUGUCAUACUCCUUCAAUGUACCACGUGUCAACUUCCCGAUCUAUGUAUGGGACCGAUCAGGACCAUGGACAGAAUGUGAUCGAGAUUGCUAUGGUAUGAAGCGUAGAGCUAUACGCUGCAUGGAUGCCAAUGAUAACAGAUUAGUAGACGACUCUAUGUGUGACGGACCAAGGCCAACUAACCCUAUUGAAGAAGAAUGCAAUACAAGAUGUAUAGUUAGAUGGCACGUGAUGAGAGAAUCUGAAUGCAAUGAACAGUGUAAGAAAACUAGACUGAUCAAAUGCCUCAAAAGGAAGAGAAAAGGAGAGGAAUAUUCACAGGUAUCUGAUGAAUACUGUAAUGCUGAAGAGCGCCCUCCUGAGACCAUUGAUUGCCAGGAUUCAUGCAGGACCAGUCAUUAUAGAUGGGAAUAUUCACUUUGGUCUCAGUGUUCUAGAUCUUGUAACACAGGGACAAGGUCCAGGGGUGCAUCAUGUCGCUAUGGUGAAGGGUACAUCGCUGAUGAUAGAUAUUGUGAUUCAUCAUUACUUCAUGUUAUAGAAGAUUGUAACUUCAAUGCAUGCCCAGAAUGGUCAGCUCUAGAAUGGAGUGCUUGUUCAGUGACAUGCGGUGUAGGAGAAGAACUUCGAGAGGUGGCUUGCUAUCAGGAAGGCUCUAAGGUAGAUUCCAGGCUCUGUGAUGGUCUCACUAAACCUGAUUCAAGAAGGAGAUGUGAGCAACAAAGGUGUCCCCACUGGGCACCGGGUCAGUGGGACUCGUGCUCUGUUACUUGUGGCAAUGGGUAUCAGGGUAGAACCGUCCGCUGUCGAACCUACGACGGCCAGUGGCUGGAUGACUCUGAAUGCAGCGCUGGAGCGAAGCCCAUCACCGAACAGGAAUGCAAGCUCUCAGAUUGUCCCAUACCUACCACAACCAUAGCUCCAACAACUACCACUGAAGCCUCUACGCUACCUAUCAGAGACAUCAUCACCAUACCGGUCUUUGAUGAGAUCGUUGACAGGGGGAAUCCUGGGAUGUCUCCCUCAGCCAGGAGAAGGAUAUUUAGGAGCCAUUGGAGGACUGGGGCAUGGACACCAUGUUCAAUGACCUGUGGACCAGGCAUCAGGGAGAGAUAUGUAAGUUGCCGUGAUAGCAAAGGUAAUAUUGACAACACAGACUGUGACCCUGAUCGUCGACCUCCAUCAAUGGAGAUGUGUGAGAUCAAAUCUUGCCCACAUUGGAGGACAGGAGACUGGAGAGAGUGCCCAGUCUCUUGUGGAGAAGGUGUAACAACACGCUAUGUUGCAUGUGUUUACAAUGAUGAUACAAUAACAUCCAAUUCAGAGUGUGAUCCUGAAGUCAAACCUAGCAGAGAACAUGCCUGCAAUAGCCAAGACUGUCCUACCAAUAGACCAAGAGGGCGUACUUUAAAUGACAAUUAUGAUAAUAGGAUUGGAACAAGAUAUAGCUGGAGGACUAGCACAUGGAGUUCAUGCAGUGUUUCUUGCGGUGAGGGUCUGAGGCAGCGCAGAGUGGAAUGCUUGGACGAUGGCAACAGGAUAUCAUCAUACUGUGACCAGAACUCUAGACCACCUGAUACUGAGUCCUGUGAGGUGGAGCCUUGCCCCUCUUGGGACUAUGGGGAAUGGGGUCAGUGCUCCAGAACUUGUGGUGGAGGGGUCAAGUCCAGGGUUGUGAAGUGCAGGAGACGAAAUGGUCAAACUGUAUCAGACAGCUGGUGUAACCAGAGGAAACCAGCGAAUUCCACCACUUGCAAUAAUGAACGGUGCCAGGCACGUUGGCAUACUGGAUCAUACUCCACGGUAAAAUGACAUGCCUCAAAUUUUUUCUUAAAGUUAUCUCUGGUCAUGUUCUCCCUUUCCUGUUAUUUCAAUGAGAUUAUUGUGUCCGUUUGAUAAAAGGCUGCAUUGAUUUGAAACUGUGAAUGUGUAUAGAAAGAAUUGUAUUCAUGUAAUUGCAUUUGGAGGUGGAUGGUCAUUCACAGUUGUAUUAAUCACACUUUGAUUUAAAUCACAUUUCAAAUUGAUGAAAAGUUGCAUUCAAGUGCAGGUUUAUGACAAAUCACAUUCUUUGUAUUGCAUUGCAAAUCUCAUUUUCAUACAGAGUUAUGAAUCACAAUCCUCUUGUUGUUUUGUUGUCUUGGUAAUACUGUAGAAUUUUCUAAGGUGAUUGGAAAGUGGUUUUUUCUCAUUCUGUGUUUAUCUUCUUUUUUCCCCCUUUUUUUUGGGGGGGGAAGGAUGAUGACUACACAUAAUGUGUUUUUAGUAUGCAGAGUGCAUUGUAUGUUCAUGUUUGGCUAUAUGCACACUAACAAACUUGGUAUUAAACACACACUUAUAGAAUGAACUCAUCAAUUGAGAACUGUGAAAUCUCAACUUAAAUUUAUGACAAAAUAGAAACUAGCAGUUAUGGGUGUCAUUUGAAUGCUGACAUUCAAACAGAAGCCAUCUUCUUCUUUUGUUUUUAUGAAUUAUAUCUUCGAACAACUUUUGAGAUGAAUUUACGAUAAUUAACAUCAAUGCUGCAACUGAAAUCUGGCAUGAUAUCAAUGUGUACCUCAUUACAGUGUAUUCAUCCAACUUGGUAACAUGGUCAACAAUCACUGAAGAGACCUCAAACAAAAAUGCAUAGACUACAAUAUUUUUUUAUCAUCGUCUUGUAUUGCUUUGAUGUGACUUGGAAAUCAAUGACAAGAAUCAUUACACCUCACCUGACUACCUCUUUUCUUUACCUCCUGAUAUAGGUCAGGAUAUUUGCAGAGUAUUCAGAAGGCUCUAAAAAAGGCUCUCAAUAAAGCUUUGCUAAGAGAUGACCUAUGUUUCUUCUCAUUGAUAUUUGAAACUUUAUUUAUUCAAGGAGGUUAGUCUGCUGCGAAAAUAUUACAUGAGCAGUUGGUCAUAUCAAUGUAUAAAAUAUAGAAUGUAUGGAUCUGUCAUCUUUGGAAAACUAAAUGUUCACACCAACUCAUCACUGUUGCCGCAAUGAAAAGAAUUUAAGUUAAUAGUCAACAUAUCCCAACUCUGCCAAUUACAAAUAACUUAACAAUAUAGAUACCGGUAUCAAGUAAUCUGCUACCCCUCUCAAAAAGGGAAGCAUGCAUUAUAAUUGAGUCUACUUUCUCUUUAAAUGAAUAAUCAACAGUAUUAAAAAAAAAAUAUCUUGCCAUGGCUAGGUAGUAAGGAACCAAAUGGCAUUCCAAUGACGGUUUUUUACUGUUGCCCCCUCACAUGGAGAAACCAAUGAGACAUCAGCAGAGCUUAUUAUCACUUUAUAUCCCACCGCUGCCACCAAAAGUAAUGUGUCAAAUAUACAGUUCAAAAGAUCCUACUCACCCUGACUUGACAGGAAGGAAUUAGAAAUUAAUUGCAAAACAAUCCUUCACUGCUGUCACCACACCAAAGGAACUACCUCACUGAUGGUCAAGAUUUUUUUACUGCUGCCACCUUUAUUCUUGAGAUCCAAUUUGGCAGUCAGCAAACCACACUCUUGUCACCUCACCAAAAGAAACAAAAUAAAAAAUCCAUGGAACUCAUUGCUGCCUCAAUAAUUAGGACCAAACUGGUAGUCAAUAUCCUACCACUGCCACCAUGAGAGCUAUUGGUCAAAUUUACAGUCAGCAGAUUCCAUUUGACAUCAAUUGGAUAGAAAUAGAUUAAGAAUUAAAAGUAAAAAUUCCCCUACUUCCCCCACACCAAAGGAACAUCCACAUUAAUGGUCAAGAAUUAUUGCUGUCAACUUUAUCCACAAGUAACCAAUUUAGCAGUCAACAAACUCCCCUAAAAGAGAAACAUUUUGGGAAACAUUGCUUACUGGUACCGUCUCAGCAACUUUCCCCCAUCAACAUUCUGUAUUUUCUGCCUUCUGGAGCUCAGAUAUUCAGGAACCAGACAGAAUCUUGCAGGUUUUUCUUGUCCCACCGAAAACCAUGAAGAUGCAUUGAGAGUUCCACAGAUCUCACACAGAAUAAUACUACAGCAAUAUGUUUAUAGUCAAUAAAUUUUACAGCUGCCAUCACAUCAAUAAAGAGCAACAUUAUGUGGUUAAAAAUCCAACUGUUUCUUCAGCGAUGAGCCAAAUUGACUCUCAUUAUGGUCUGUCUUUUGGCAAGUAGAUAGUAAAGAACCCAAUUGAUUGCUCACAUGUCUUUAUGCAGCAGCCCUUUAACAAUCAUAUAAACAAUCAAUAAAUGCAGAGAUAUCCUCAAAAAUAAGGAAUGAGGAACAAAAUUAACAAUCUUUAGCUCCCUCAAAUAGCAUCGACAG